UUUUCCAGAAGCUAAAUUCAACCCAACCUCCCAAAAUCUGAAAUUAACGAUCGGGAUACUCGAUUCUACGGGUGGCGAAUGAACUCGAGAUGGAUGAUUCAGAAACUGACCUCUCACCUUCCUCUUUGUUUGUCUACCGUUUUGUCCCCUUCGAAACUCCUAAUCCGGCAAACCCCAAGUUAUCAAGUCUCCACUUUUCUCCUCAAUCAUGUCGAUAUGAGCCUUCUCUUAUCCAUCUGCGGCAGAGAAGGCUGGUUUCCUCAUCUGGGUCCUUGUCUCCAUGCUUCCAUUAUCAAGAAUCCUGAGUUUUUCGAGCCUGUAGAUGCUGACAUCCAUCGAAAUGCUCUUGUCGUUUGGAACUCUUUGCUUUCUCAGUAUGUGAAAUGUGGGAAGUUAGUUGAUGCGCUCCAGUUGUUCGACGAAAUGCCUAUAAGAGAUGUUAUCUCGCAGAAUAUACUGUUUUACGGGUUUCUGAGGAACAGAGAGACCGAGUCUGGUUUUGUAUUGCUUAAACGAAUGCUUGGGUCUGGUGGGUUUGAUCAAGCGACCUUGACGAUUGUUUUAUCAGUUUGUGUUACGCCAGAGUUUUGUUUGGUGACCAAGAUGAUUCACGCUUUAGCAGUUUUAUGUGGCUAUUAUGACAAGGACAUAUCUGUGGGGAACAAACUGAUCACAUCCUAUUUCAAAUGUGGGUGUCCGGUUUCUGCGAGACGGGUUUUUGAUGAGAUGGCAUCACAUAGAAAUGUCAUCACAUGGACAGCUGCGGUUUCGGGUCUGAUAGAGAAUGAGUUACAUGAAGAUGGUCUAAGCCUGUUUAGUUUGAUGCGUAGAGGAUUGGUCCAUCCAAACUCAGUAACUUAUUUGAGUGCUCUUGCUGCUUGUUCAGCCUCACAGAGGAUAAUGGAAGGGCAACAGAUUCAUGCCCUUUUGUGGAAAUUUGGGAUUGAAUCAGAAUUAUGCAUUGAGAGUGCGCUAAUGGACAUGUACUCUAAAUGUGGAAGCAUUGAAGAUGCGUGGAAGAUUUUUGAGUCCACUGAAGAAGUUGACGAAGUUUCCAUGACUGUGAUAUUAGUUGGUUUAGCACAAAAUGGGUCAGAGGAAGAAGCUAUACAGUUCUUCAUUAGAAUGCUUCAAGCUGGUGUAGAGAUUGAUGCAAAUGUAGUCUCAGCUGUUCUUGGAGUUUCGUUUUGUGGAGAUCUGACUGAUUCACUAACUGUCUUUAGACGUAUGCCUAAGAGGAACUAUGUUUCAUGGAACUCGAUGAUUGCAGCGUUUGCUCGCCAUGGUCAUGGAUUAGCUGCCUUGAAACUAUACGAAGAGAUGAUUACACAAGACGUGAAGCCGACAGAUGUUACCUUUCUAUCUCUACUUCAUGCUUGUAGCCAUGUAGGGUUGAUCGAUAAAGGCCGAGAACUCUUAAACGUGAUGCAAGAUGUCCAUGGGAUCGAGCCUAGGACAGAGCAUUAUGCCUGUAUUAUUGACAUGUUUGGUCGUGCUGGUCUUAUGAAAGAAGCAAAGAGCUUUAUAGACGCAUUGCCUAUCAAGCCUGAUUGUAAAAUUUGGCAAGCAUUGCUUGGAGCUUGUAGUUUCCAUGGUGAAACAGAAGUAGGGGAAUAUGCAGCUGAACAGUUAAUUCAAACUGCACCUGAUAGCUCAGCAGCCCAUAUCUUGAUGGCCAACAUUUACUCAUCCAGAGGGAAAUGGAAGGAGAGGGCGAAGACGAUCAAGAGAAUGAAAUCAAUGGGAGUGACUAAAGAAACAGGCAUAAGUUCGAUUGAAGUUGAGAAUAAAACACACAGCUUUGUGGUUGGGGACAAACUACAUCCACAAGCAGAGGCUAUAUAUGAUGUUCUGUCUGAAUUGUUUCCGAUUAUGGUGGACGAAGGUUACAGACCGGAUAAGAGGUUUAUUCUCUGUCAUACAGGAGAUGACAGAAACGGCACAAGUGUCUUAAUUCCUUAAAGCCUUCUCUCAAUAUACAUAUCAAGAAUAGAGAAUAUCCAUGGAGUCUUAAUCUCUUUCUUCUCCAAUUCAAGAAAUUCAAAUUCUCAGCGAUUCAUCCCCAGUUGCAGAGAGAAAAGCAGAGAAGAUCCACUCUCUAGCUCUUCACCGUACUCUAUACUUGGCGUAGAGCCAAACUGCUCAUCUUCCGAGCUAAAGGCAGCUUUUCGUGCCAAAGUGAAACAAUACCAUCCUGAUGUAAACAAAGAGGGAAGCAACUCUGAUAUUAUGAUCCGUCGCAUAAUCCAUGCAUAUGAGAUGUUAACAAAUUAUAGCCGGUCAGAGAUAAUUGAAGGAGAAUGCUUAGACCCUUUUGACCAUCCAGAGUGUGAGGCACUUGACGUGUUUGUGAAUGAAGUCCUCUGUGUUGGGAAAAGAUGUUCGUACCCAUGCUUUAAAACAGCUCCUCAGGUCUUCUCAUGUGAUUCAACUGGAACAGCUCGGGCAAUGUCCCAAGGAUAUGGCGAAGAUUACCAUGUACAAUCUGCAGUUAACCAGUGUCCAAGAAAUUGCAUACAUUAUGUCACACCAUCACAAAAGAUUGUUCUAGAAGAGUUACUUGACAGUGUCUUGGACAAACCUUACGAUUGUUCUGCGGAAGCAGAGCUUCUCUAUGCUCUUAUCACCAAAGCUCAGUUUGAGAACAAUCGGUACCAGAAGCCAAAGAAGAAACAACCUGAAUCUUCAGGAAAACAUGUAGACUGGUUCUGAAGUUUGAACCAAUAGAGUUGAACAUUCUCCAAGAUGACUGCUAGUGAGUUCUAAAAUAUAACCAGAAGAAUCUGGGAUGUAACAGUGAUCAAAUGUGAAAAUCUCUAUCCACAAGGUCACAUCGAGAGAUAUCACCAUGAAACGGUAGAGGCCAUUGUACUAUUCAUAUUGUUUUUGAGAAAGCAGGGAAAGAUGGAAGAAAACUAAGUGUUCCAUGAACUUGGAACAAAACUUGUUGCCGCACUUCUACACAAAUAUUUGUGUGUAUGUACUCUGUUCAUUAUGAUGAUUCAGAGACUAAUAUGUAGUAUUGGUUACAUUUUCAUUUAUCCAGAAUUGUGAACAUCCAUGGUUUAAUAUUCAAGUCCUACCACAUAAUGGGUCACUCCGUCA